AGGGAGGGUUUAUCGGGCGGCCGAUUUUGAUUAAAAUAUUCAAAAUGGCGGACGGAGGAGCAGCGAGUCAAGAUGAGAGUUCGGCGGCGGCGGUGGCGGCAGACUCAAGAAUGAACACUCCGUCAGAAACAAGUAAACCUGUAAAAAUGGAGAGUGGGGAUGGGGACACAGGCACACAGACAAAUGGCCUGGACUUUCAGAAACAGACUGUGCCUGCUGCAGGGGCAAUUUCUACGGCCCAGGCCUUCCUUGGCCUUCAUCAGGUUCAGCUCCCUGGAUCAAGUUUACAGGCUGCUGCCCAGUCCUUAAAUAUACAGUCUAAACCUAAUGAAGAGUCUGGGGACAGUCAGCAGCCAAGCCAGCCUUCCCAGCAGCCUUCAGUACAGGCGGCCAUACCCCAGACCCAGCUCAUGCUGGCCGGAGGACAGAUCACUGGGCUCACGUUAACACCAGCCCAGCAGCAAUUAUUGCUACAACAGGCACAGGCACAGUUGCUGGCAGCUGCAGUGCAGCAUUCAGCCAGUCAGCAGCACAAUGCUGCAGGCGCCACCAUCUCAGCUUCUGCUGCAACGCCCAUGACACAGAUCCCUCUCUCUCAGCCGAUACAAAUUGCACAGGAUUUGCAGCACUUGCAGCAGCUCCAACAACAGAAUCUCAACCUGCAACAGUUUGUGUUGGUGCAUCCUACAACCAACUUGCAGCCAGCACAGUUCAUCAUCUCACAGACGCCGCAGGGGCAGCAGGGUCUUCUGCAGGCGCAGAAUCUCUUAACGCAACUACCUCAGCAAAGCCAAGCCAACCUCCUGCAGUCUCAACCAAGCAUCACUUUCACUUCUCAGCAGCCAGCAACCCCAACACGCACAAUAGCAGCAACCCCUAUUCAGCCACUUCCACAGAGCCAGUCAACACCAAAGCGAAUUGAAACUCCCAGCUUGGAAGAGCCCAGUGAUCUUGAGGAGCUUGAGCAGUUUGCCAAGACUUUCAAACAAAGACGGAUCAAACUUGGAUUCACUCAGGGUGAUGUUGGGCUCGCUAUGGGUAAACUCUAUGGAAAUGACUUCAGUCAAACUACUAUAUCUCGCUUUGAAGCCUUGAACCUCAGCUUUAAGAACAUGUGCAAGUUAAAACCACUUCUGGAAAAGUGGCUCAAUGAUGCAGAAAACCUCUCAUCUGAUUCAGCACUCUCCAGUCCAAGUGCCCUGAAUUCUCCAGGGCUGGGGAUUGAGGGCUUGAACCGCAGGAGAAAGAAACGCACCAGCAUAGAGACCAACAUACGUGUGGCCUUAGAGAAGAGUUUCCUGGAGAACCAAAAGCCUACCUCGGAAGAAAUCACCCUGAUAGCUGACCAACUGAACAUGGAGAAAGAGGUGAUCCGCGUUUGGUUCUGUAACCGGCGCCAGAAGGAAAAAAGGAUCAACCCACCCAGUAGUGGUGGAACCAGCAGCUCACCCAUCAAAGCAAUGUACCCUUGUCCUACUUCAUUGGUGGCAACCACACCAAGCCUUGUGACAAGCAGUACAGCUACUACCCUGACUGUCAACCCUGUCCUCCCUCUGACCAGUGCAGCUAUAACUAGUUUGGCAGUCACAGGCCCCACAGAAACCAUCCCCAACAAUACAGCAACUGUGAUUUCUACAGCACCUCCAGCUUCCUCAGCAGUGACUUCACCUUCCCUGAGUCCCUCUCCUUCUGCUUCCGCUUCCACCUCUGAGGCAUCCAGUGCCAGUGAGACCAGCACAACGCAGACAACCUCCACCCCCAUGUCCUCAGCCAUUGGGACCAGCCAGGUGAUGGUAACUGCUUCUGGGUUGCAAACUGCAGCUGCUACUGCUGCACUACAAGGAGCGGCACAGUUGCCUGCAAAUGCAAGUCUUGCUGCAAUGGCAGCUGCAGCAGGACUAAAUCCAGGCUUAAUGGCAUCUUCACAGUUUGCAGCUGGAGGUGCCUUACUCAGUCUCAAUCCAGGGACACUAGGCGGUGCUCUCAGCCCAGCUCUGAUGAGCAACAGUACACUGGCAACUAUUCAAGCUCUUGCAUCUGGUGGCUCUCUUCCAAUAACAUCACUAGAUGCAACUGGGAACUUGGUGUUUGCCAACGCUGGAGGUACACCCAACAUCGUAACUGCCCCACUGUUUCUGAAUCCUCAGAACCUUUCACUGCUCACCAGCAACCCAGUUAGCUUGGUCUCUGCAGCUGCAGCCUCCGCAGGGGCCUCUGGAACAGUCGCCAGCCUUCAUGCCACCUCCACCUCAGCAGAGUCUAUCCAGAACUCUCUCUUCACAGUGGCCUCAGCCAGUGGGGCUGCCUCCACCACCACUACUGCCUCCAAGGCACAGUGAGUUGGGUUGAGCUGUGCUACCAAUAGCUUGUUUCACUCUGCAGUGAGAUUGGCUGUCAGCUGGGUUUAUAAACUGCAAAAUGUGAUUGACUCCCUCUCACCGUGUUGCUGGGAACAAGAGAGAGAAGGAAAAAUACAAAAAGAGGGAAGGGAGAACAAGAAGAAGGAUUUAAACUGGGACAGACAUUUGCCUAAUUUUAUAAUAAACACUGUUUUCAGGAUUGCUUCAUUGAUUGGAGAACUUUCUAACCAAAAAUGUAAAAAAACAAAACAAAAAAGGACUACUUAUCAUUUCCAGCAGUUUCAAUGACAAGUUAAGGCUAACCAGAAGCUGCAUCCUUUCCACCAUUUUUCUUUGAAUGUAGUUCCCUACCCCUUCGGAAAGAGAAGCUUUGCCAGGUCACGGUACGCUGCUAUAUGCCGAGGGGGGUGGUUUCUUUGUUUUGUUUUGUUCUUUUAAAAUUUUCCAGCCAAAACCAAAGAUUUCCUAAUGAUUGUAUAACUCAAAACAAACAAACAAACCAAAGACAAAGGGGCGUCUUCAGCAACAAUCUUAUCUGAGAAACCAUUCCUUGUGGUUGUCUAGGAGGUCGGGCAGUCCGCAGUCUGCCUCCCAGUCCUGAAUGCCUUGGUCCACAACCUGGGUGAAUUUGGUGAAUAAGAUGACUUUUAUCCCAUCCUGUCCUAACUUUUUGGGGCAAAGUUCUCUUCGAGCUCUACAAAUCCAAAGGGGCAGACAGCCACUGGGAAAGGGAAAGGGAUGGGAUGCCUUUCACAGAUGGAUUGUGAAGCUGAAGACAUUGGUGCAUGAUUGGCUGCUCUGCUGGGUGCUUUUUAACCUUUUGGGAGCUGGGUGAUAUUGAUUAAUACAUGCUGAGGUGCAUUUUUGAGCUUUCCCCCCACCACUGCUUGGAAGAGGCUGUCUUAUUAUGAGAAAUCUCUGAAAAAAAUUUGUUUCCCCUCUUCUUUUUUUGUUCAUUUAUUAUUUUUGCAGCACCACUGUGCAACUAUGCAUUGUAUUUCUCAACCUUUUGAGCUAGGUAGAUGCCUAUGACUUUUUAAACUUUGGGGGAGGGGGGUUGCCAAUGAAGGAACUUUUUACAUGGAUGUUUUAAAUCUCAGUUGAUUUGGGGGUGUUUGGUUCUAGGGUCAUACAAGCUCUAUCCCAAAGCAAAAUCCAAAUGUUAAUAAUAUUAGCCUGAUGCAGAUACCAAAGAUAAUUUCUUUCCUGCAGAACCUUAGACUUGUGUAUUAAGUACAAUUACCCAGCACUUGCAUUAGUCUAACCUCAGUAAUUCCAAAGCUUAGAUGUAUAUUUUGGUAUAUUUCUGGGAUAUUAAAAAUGUUGUUUAAAUUCUUGUUUGUUUCAGUGUAAUGCUCUUAAAGUCAUAGCAUGGAAAAAACUGAAUUGUCUUAUUCUUAGUAGUUUGAAAUAAUAGUAUUUUUGUAUGUUUUGGGUGUGUCUAUGUAUGUAUUAACACAACAGUUUUCACUGCCUAGGUGUUCAUAAUUGAGAAAAGCUGUACAUACUCUGUAAUUUCCACCAGAUUGUCAGUUUAGAUUGCAUUUUCUCUGAUUGCCAUUCCCAACAGGGAAAUAUGUAUCCCUUUUUUUAAAGAGGCAGCAUGCUUGUAAGAGUGAACCUGUUGUCCUUGCCCUUCCCAAAAAGCAUUAUUAUCCAUUUUCAGAGGUGAGGCAAGAAGCAAAACAACAUAAUUUAAAUAUGCCUAAUGAAAAAUAGGUAUGUUCUUAAACUAUAAAAUUGUGCUCUCUGUUUUUAAGAGUGGCAUCAUGCUAGCAAAGCAGCAAUUUUGGAAACUUUUUCUCCUUUCUCUUGCAACAGUUAAUUUGUAAAGUGAAUGCUGAUUGUGGAACUUCUUUUUUAUUGAUCAUCAAAUCACCUACAUAUUUUGUCAGUUAAUUGUGGUUUACACACACACACAAGGUGCAUUCCUGCCUAAUUUUGAAUCUGAGAACUCUAGGGUCCUCUUUUGAAACUUGGUACAGCUUCAAAAUGAAGAUCAAAAGGAUGCUGUCUCUUUAAACAUACUUCCUAUUUUUCCCUAGUGGCUGCCUGCAGGUGGCUGUGGGCAUUGAGAGACUGUGUAGAUUACAGUGAAUCAGGAUGAAAAUGAUAGAUUUUGUGUAGAUGCAUUUGUCUGCUGUAAUUUUUAUAUAUAUAAAACUUACUGUAACUGUACAGUUCAUUUCUGUUGUAAACAUCAUUAAACCAUUUUUCCAAGUGUUUUAACAUG